AUGGCUCGGAGACCCAGCCUGGAGUUUCUGGAGGAUCAGCUGCGUUGCCCGGUGUGCCUGGAGCUUUUUGCUGAACCGCUCAUUCUGCAGUGUGGACACUCAUACUGCAAGUGUUGCGUACGCUCCAUGACCAUGGACCUGCUCGGGCAGCUGCAGUGUCCUAUAUGCCGGAGCGAUGUGGACGGCGACAACCCGCCACCCAAUGUCAGCCUGGCCCGCAUUGUAGACCACCUGCACGAAAUGAGUGGCCUUGGGGAAUCAGCAGAGGGGGAGCAGGAGGCGUGCACUGAGCACCGCAACCCUCUCAGCCUGUACUGUGAAGAUGACCGGACGGUAAUCUGUGGGAUGUGCGGCAGCAUCGGCACCCACCGUGGCCACAGGAUCACCCCCGUCAGCAGCGUCUACAGCCGCAUGAAGGAGGACAUUUCCUGCCUGAUGACAGAUCUGCAGGUGCAGAGGAGGAAGCUCGAGGAGCAGAUCUGCAAAAUGGCCUACAAUAAAUCUCGUAUCACUAAUGAGUCGGACGUCUUGAAAUGGGUGAUUCGCAAAGAGUUUGGGGAGCUUCGGCGCUACAUAGAGCUCGAGGAGGCCAGCUUCAUGCAGAUGGUGGAGAACACAGCUGCCAGUCUGAUCUCCUCCAUCCAGAGCCAGGUGGACGACAUGACUCAGGUGCUGACUAGGUUCCAGGAGGCAGAGGGAACGCUCGAGAGCCUGAGCAACGAGAGUCACCUGGGCUUCAUCACGAAAUAUGGAUCCAUUGCUCCCAGGUUCAGAGAAUGCCAGCAGAAACAACAGAGGGAGGAAAAGACGUACAGCUCCAUCACCUUCAAACCAGGCUUCAACCACAACGACAUCAAGAUCACUGUGUGGAAGAGAUUGCACCGCCGGGUGCUCCCCGCUCCAGAGAGUCUGAAGCUAGAUCCACUGACGGCACAUCCCAUGCUGCAGCUCAGUCAUGGUGAUACUGCCGUGGAGUGCGGAGCCUUGGCAAACCAGCUGCCUAACAAUGCCGAGCGCUUCAGCUACAGCUAUUGCGUGCUGGCCACCCGUGGGUUCUCCUCAGGCAAACACUACUGGGAGGUUGGCGUGGGUUCCAAGCCAAAGUGGCGGCUAGGCCUCAUCAAGGGCACCAUCUGCCGGAAGGGUAAGCUGCCUAAGAGCCCCGAGAGUGGCGCGUGGCUCAUUGGGCUCAAGGAGGGCCGCAUAUACGAGGCUUUCGCAACGCCACGGAUGGCCCUGCCGCUGUCCACCCGGCCAGCCAGAAUCGGCAUCUUCCUUGACUAUGAGAAGGGGGAACUGACCUUCUACAAUGCAGACAACCUCCAUGAGCUGGGCUUCCUCUACAAGUUCCAGAUGGAGCUGCAAGGAAAGGUGUACCCACUGUUCGAUGUGUGCUGGCAUGAGAGGGGUGCCAACAAGCAGCCCCUCACCUUGCCACAGCCACAGGUGGAAAAAUAA